CGCAUUCCAAACGGUGAGAUAAGGUUAAUUGUUGUGAUUAUCUUAUUCAAAUAAAUACUUAAAAUAGAAAAUAAAUAUUGAAUAAGUUAAACUUAAUGGUGUGUGCUUAAACUUGACAUGUGAUAUUAUGCAAAGGAUUGUUUCAUACGAUGACAUCCAGUCUACCCCAGCUGUUAGCAUUUUUUUCUCUUCUAUACACCGUCACACAGAACCCUUGCCAUAGCCUUUCCCAAAACCAACACAUACUGUUUACCCUGAAACCUAACACAAUCCAUGCCAAUGGACUGGCAUUGGGGAACAUUAAUCGGACGCUACUCAUCUCGGCUUCCUCCCCCGUAAAUCGGACAUCACUAAUCUCGGUUUCCUCCCCCGUCAAUCGGACAUCACUCAUCUCGGUUUCCUCCCCCGUCAAUCGGACAUCACUCAUCUCGGUUUCCUCCCCCGUCAAUCGGACAUCUCUUAUCUCAGCUUCCUCCCCCAUCAAUCGAACAUCACUCGUCUCGGCUUCCUCCACCGUCAAUGCCUUAAAUGCAAUAGAAAUGACAUUGAAUACCACGGAUGUCAGCAUUGCAGCAACCACUCAACAACCCAUUGCACAUGGCUUCCUGCUGGGGGCCGUGGCUAUGGAUAAGGCUCCGGAGUUCGUGCAUCCCGGGCAGGAAUCCGUUCCCUCGGAGCAUUCCGCGCUCAUUUCGAGGUGCAAACUUCUUUGUACCAGUGGACUUCCAUGCCCUCCUGAGUGCCUCGCCCACCCCAAUAUCUGGUCAGAUACCAUUGGCAAACGCUCGGAUCAACACAUAGGGAUUGUAUCAUUGUUGAAGAACUUCUCGGAUGACACAUACACAACUCGGCGAACGGACACUUUAUAUAAAAAUGACCGUAACAAGUAGCGAUACUUUUGUGCUAUGAUUGUAUACGUUCAUUACAAAAUAUAAGCUGCAGCAUUUUGUAAA